GGUUCCGGAAAUAAACUAAAAACAAAUGUGUUUCUAGUUUAUUUUAAUAAAAUAGAUAUAGGUAAUAAAAACUUAGUAAUGUCUAAUAAUAGUGAAUGGAGUAAAGAGUUUCAUAAUGUAAUCAAAGAUACAGAUAAAAAUAUUGCAUCAAUUAAAAAACAGUUGCAAGUGAAAAAGGCAAAAGAAAUCAAUUUGUCACAUAAUCAUAAAGGUUCUAACAUUUUAUCAUCUCUCUCGUUGUUGAGUGAUGGACAGUUUGAGGGUGCCUCAGAAUUUACAUCUCUAUCUUCGUUAAAUAAGGAUUUGAAAAAUAUUCAUCCAAAUUUUAAAUCAAGCUAUUUGACUUCAAAAGACAAAUUAAUAAUGGAAUCAUCCUCUGCUCUUGUAAAAACGUUGUUUUCAAAAGUAGAAGAUCUUUCACAAGCUGUUGUAUUUCUGAAGAAAGUUGUUGAAUCACAAGAAAAACAAAUUCAAGAAUUAAAAGAAAGUCAAAAGUUCAUUGAAAACAAAAUAAAUAUAGAAAAUAUAGCUGAUGAUAUUAAAAAAGACUUUCAAUCUCAAAUUGAUUCUAUUUUCUCUGUAAUUUCUAAACAGCAGAAGCUAAGGCAUAUGUCAUCAUCAAAAGACAAUGGCAAAACAGAUAAAUUGCUUAUCACAUCUUUAGAAGAUGAUAUUAACACAAUCAAAAGAGAUGGAUUUGAAAUGAAACAAAAAAUAAAAAUUCUUGAGAGAGAUAUCCAAACCAACUGUAGAAAUAUUACUGGUGAAAUAUCAUGCAUUGAAAAGGAUGUUAAAAGCAUUGCACAAAAUCAAAAUGUACUUCAUCGUUCUACAAUAAAAAAAGAACAGUCUUUAGAAGAUAUAAGACAUGAACUGUUCAAAGUGAGUGAAGAUCUGAAUGAUUUGAAGGAGCGUACAAAAAAUAAGAUACAUUUAGAGAAUGUUGUUCCAAAGUUUUCAAGUUCUGUCAAAAAUCAUUACAGACAUUAUUCUCAAAGAAGUUUGACAAGUUCACAAAAGCAUGAUAAAAAAAAACACAAUCAGAGCAUAGCAAAACUUGAUGUUUCCUGUCCUGUUGUAACAACUACUCUUUCAUUAAAUGACUUAGAUCAAUCAUUAGAGGAGUCAUCUAUUGAUCUUUUAAAUUCAAGACAACACAACAAAAGCAAAAAGAGUGAUUUUUGGGAAACUUUAGAACAAUCAGACAGAGUUCAAGAGAUUGAUCUUAAAAGCACAUUAAAAAAUUCUUUUGAUUCAGAUAUUGAUUACUCACUUGAUGAUUUUGAUGAAAUUAAUGAUGAUUUGUUGGAAGAUGAAUUAUUAACAUACGAUACUUAGUUUAAUGCAUAUUUUUAUGGAAACAUAGUUUUACAUUUGUU